AUGGCUAAGUUGGAUUUAAUGGCCGAGAUGGCCUUCAAUAUGUAUCGGGGUGCUUCUUUAUCAUCAUUGGUGGCUGUUGGAUGUGGUAAGGUGUUUGAACCAAGUAACCCUUCCAAGGAGAGAGAGCUUCUGGAAGGCCAAUCUAACCUUGUUCUUCAUGAUAGGAACUAUCUCCAAGAUAAACUUACUAGUCUUGAAAAAUACACGGAGACCCACAAUGUCCCUUCCGAGCUUGCCUUAAUGGUCUCAUCCCCUUAUGGAAUCCUUGGAAGAGAAGGAGAAAUCCCUUAG